AUGAUGAGUAUUGUGUUUUCACUGGAGCAGAUGCUGAAUAUGUAUAUUAAAGAAUUGUCAAAUGAAGAUUAUUCCAGCUUUCCUUCCGUUAAAGCACUGUUUGAUGAAAAUCUAGAUGAAAGUCAAAAGAUAUCUGAUCUACUGAAGCUGUUAGCAGACCUAAAGAAUAAAAUGUCUUACGUACCUUAUAACUAUAGGAAAAAACUUACUAGAGAAGAGUUCGAGGAGAUAGCCAGAAGAAUAAUGGAAGAAACUGAUGAUGAAGACAUGGCUGGUAUUGAUCCCGAUGCGUCCCAUGAAUGUAUUGAAUACAGUGACCACGAUUCCACUUCAGGAAGGUGA